AAGUUGACUUUCCGUCAUGGCGGAGGUCAGCCAGAAAGUUGGAGCCGGUGUAUACAAACUUUGUCCUUUUAAAACUCAUUGUGCUUUCUCAAUAACCAGCCGUCGUCAUGUCGGCGUUUUUGCCUCGUGUUUUAGUCUGAGGACAUCGGAGAAAACUAAUGAAGAACGUGAUCAAAGCGGACAGCAGAUGCACAGAACUUUGUGUACUCUUCUUCAGCGCGUGCCUGAGACGCCGCCGCGGUGUCCUGCUGCUCUGACCGUCACCCGGUCUCUUAGCAACAACAACGGCUCUCCACUGCACGCGAGCAAAACGGCGUAUUACGACAUCCUGAGGGUCUCCCCGAACGCCACGCAGGCGCAGAUCAAGACGGCGUACUAUCGCCAGAGCUUCCGCUAUCACCCGGACAGGAACGCGGGCAGCGAUGAAGCCGUGCGCCGGUUCUCCGAGAUCAGUGAAGCCUACACGGUCCUGGGGAGCGUCAGCCUCCGGAGGAAGUACGAUCGCGGGGUCUUGAGCUUGGCGGACGUCCAAAGCGCCGGGAAACCCUCUCGGAAAGACACGGCGCAUCCUCCGAGCCAGCGGCGGUACUCCCGGACGGUCCGAGGCGCAGGAGGAAAGCCCCUGUUUGACUUCGACGCUUUUUACCGAGCGCAUUACGGCGAGCAGCUGGAGAGAGAGCAGAACCUGCGCCGGUGGAGAGAGAGGAGAAAACAGGCACAACAAGAGAGUUUACUGAAAUGGAGAAGGGAAAAAGGGACCGAGAUGGCGGUCGGUGCACUGCUAGUUUUAGGGGUCGUUCUUUUAUUCAGUCUGAAAUCGUAAUAUUUCAUACAUUGUGCUCUGAAAGAGUGUCAAUGGUUAAUAGUAAUACAAUAGUGACCUUAUCACAUGUGUAUUAAUGGUGCAUUAGGCGAGAUUACUAACAGUUAAGCGUUAGAGACCCGCCCAUAUUCUUGUAGCCCCGCCCCUAGGAUCUACACUAACCCUAGUUAUUGACAGGAAGCGCAUCAAAACAUAAACAAGCACUUCUUUCCUUACAUCUUAAAUGAUUGUCUUAUAUUUCAGCAUGACAUCUAGGUUAUUUGCACAUGCGACGAAUAAAAAUAUUACAUCAAUAAUAGUACUUCUUCACAUCUAUCCGUAUGCAAAUUAUUUAGAUUCAGGGGGUGGAGCGUCGUGCCCAAGGUGGGAAAAGAGGCGUAAUAAAUAAAUAAAACAACUUCCAAAUGUCAGUGUCAGCUACUUAACUGUAAGUCAUUGCAACUUGAAAACAACAAAAAUCAUUGCAUUUAUAAGUGCCAUUUUUAUAACUUGAUUUUAGUGUAAACAAAAACAGCUCUUGUCCAGGAGUACCUCCUGGUUUUACACAUUUCACUUAUUUCUCUGUUCUUCAAUUGAUGUUUAGCUGAAUCAAGAGUGUCAGGAGCAGAGAAAAUACUCAAAUGUUCAGGAAACGGGGUAAAGAAAAGGCUUGGGUACCAGUGCUUUACACUAUAUGCCCCUCUAUAGAUAAAAGAUGCAUGCUGAAGAAGCAGCCAGUCGGCUAUUUUAGAGCUCGAACUAAUAAUAUCAUAAUAGUAAAUAAUCAUUCCUGUUAUCAUGUCUCACAAAACCUUUGUUUUCGCCUUUAAAUCAUAUCUUGUUUUAUAAAAGACAUGUUUCUUGGGUUGGAGGAACUUUAUUACAAUUACUAAAGUAUUUGCCUGAGUUCCAUUAACGUUUCUUUCAUUUUCACUUGAGUAAACUUCAGGAUCUCAUGUUUGUACUCAUGUUUCAGACAGUUUUGUGUUUUGUUCAUUGAACACAGCCCAAAUUCUGUUUAAGCUGUGAAGCAUCUGCUUUUAAAAUGUACCAGAAGCUGAUUUGUUAUUUAUUUCAUCCUGGGAAUUCGAUCUGCUGUUUAACUGGUUGAAUUAUAUGUCCUCUUUCCAAAACUGCAGCAUUUGCACAUUAAUAGAUCUCUUACGGUAAACAGCUCUGGUUUAUCAGCGUAUGACACACCACAUGUAACCUCAUGACCUGUACAGGAAGAAUACCUCAUGGUGAUGAAUAAAAGGUU